UUGACAGCUAGUUACAUGACAUCAGCUCCAAAAUUUAUAUGUUCUGACGUGGAGAAAAUUUAAGGUACAGCCGAAAUUCUCUUUGUUCUCUAUCUCAUUUCUACUUUCAAUUAAGCCUAGAAGAAGUUGCUUCAGCUUUUAUCCUUGACCAUGGAGUCACAAGCAGAAGUUAACUUUGGAAAAUCUAUCAUAGUACCUAGCGUCCAGGAGCUAACCAAGGAACCCAUCUUCAACAUUCCAGCUAGGUACGUGCGAGAUGAUCAGGAGGACCCUUUGAUUGUCUCUUAUGACCCAUCACUUCCAUCUGUGCCGGUUAUCGAUCUUGAGAGAUUGGAUGUUGAAGCUUACAUGAAUUCUGAAUUGGACAGCCUUCACUCUGCUUGUAAAGAUUGGGGAUUCUUUCAGGUUGUGAACCAUGGAGUCAGUACUUCAUUGCUGGAAGAAUUCCGGACACAAAUUGAUAGUUUUUUCAAACUUCCAUAUGAAGAAAAGAAGAAUCUUUGGCAGGAGCCAAACAAUCAAGAGGGCUUUGGGCAGCUCUUUGUGGUGUCAGAUGAGCAGAAGCUAGACUGGUCAGACAUGUUCUAUAUAACUACCCUUCCACAUAAUAUAAGGAGGGGUCACCUAUUUGACAAGCUUCAGCCAAAGCUCAGAGAGACCUUGGAAACUUACUCUAUAGAAGUGGAGAAGCUGGCCUUGACAAUCUUAGGACACAUGGCUAAGGCUUUGAAAAUGGAUGUUGAGGAAAUGAGAGAGCUGUUUAGUGAUGGAGUUCAGUCAAUGAGAAUGAAUUACUAUCCUCAAUGCCCUGAACCAGAUAAGGCCAUUGGGUUCACUCCUCAUUCUGAUGCUGAUGCUCUAACAAUUCUCUGUCAGGUCAAUGAAACUGAAGGCCUUCAGAUCCGUAAAGAGGGGAGAUGGGUUCUUGUUAAACCUCUUCCAAAUGCUUUUGUAGUCAAUAUUGGUGAUAUCAUGGAGAUUGUGAGCAAUGGCAUAUAUCGGAGCAUUGAGCAUAGGGCAAUAGUAAAUUCAACAAAAGAGAGGCUCUCCAUUGCUACAUUUUAUAGUUCCAAUCUAGACUCGGAACUGGGUCCUGCACCUAGCCUUAUUGGUCCUGGCAACCCAGCAAAUUUCCGGCGAGUUCCUUUGGAGAAGUACUUUAAGGAAUUCUUUGCUCGAAAACUAAGUGGCAAGUCGUACCUUGAUUUCAUGAGAAUAGAAAAUGGGGAGGGCAACACCAGUUGAAUGCAUUAUUUAUUAGCAAAAUUGUGCAGUACAUGAGUAGCAGAAUGGUAAGUUGCAAGAAUAUAAGUAUCUUCUAUCAUGAAGAGUGAAAUUCAGUGGCUUCAUCAAUAAUUAAGAAAAUAAAAUGCAGAAACUUCUGUAAUAUUCUUGUUCUUUAUGAUCCUGCUUGAAAGACCAGCAAAUAAGGGACAUUAGAGUUGCAAGGACUUCCAUCUUCUUGAAGGUUUAUUUGCAAUUUGUAAAAGUACAUUUAAUAAAUGUUGAAUGUAUAAUCGAAAUUAAGCAAAGAGUCGGGUAGUGGGUACUGAAAUGGUGAGACACAAGAAUUUAGGUCUCAAUGUCA